UCAUAGCUGUUGACAGAAUUUUUCAAAUUUGCAAAGAUGCAGGAGAAGGCACACUUAGGAAUAUAUGCACCUUUCUUGAGGUUCCAAUGUAAGUAUUUUUCCUCUCUAUUGAUGCAAAUUUGGGUUGUUGUUGUUGUAUACUCUUUGAUUAUGCCAAUUACUCCUUUAGGUUUAAUCCAGCAGAAAUGCUGUUCUUGACAGAGUGGGCCAACACAAUGCAUCCUGUUGCAAAAGUACUCGACAUCUUGCAAGCGGAAAUGAAUACACAGCUGGGGUGGCUGCUGCCUAGUGUCCAUCAGUUGAGCUUGAAACUUAUGCGAAUCCGCCAGUCUCUCAGGUACUGUGGCCCACUUGUGGAUGCCCUACAACAAGGAAUCCAAACACAAUUCAAGCGUAUGUUUGAAGAUCCCGAGAUCAUCGCAGCUGCCAUCCUUCUCCCUAAAUUUCGGACCUCUUGGACAAAUGAUGAAACCAUCAUAAAACAAGGCAUCAGACUGCAUCUGGAGCCUUUGCAUCACACUAAGGAAUUGGCCAACAGUUCAUCUGAUGAAGAUUUUUUCGCUUCUUUGAAACCAACAACUUAUGAAACCAGAAAAGAGUUGGAUGGAUAUCUGGCCUGUGUUUCAGACACCAGGGAGUCUCUGCUCACGUUCCCUGCUAUUUGCAGUCUCUCUAUCAAGACUAAUACACCUCUUCCUGCAUCGGCUGCUUGUGAGAGGCUUUUCAGCACUGCAGGAUUGCUUUUCAGCCCCAAAAGAGCUAGGCUUGACACUCACAAUUUUGAAAAUCAGCUUCUGCUCAAGUUAAAUCCGAGGUUUUACAACUUUGAGUAGCAUGUUGCAUACUGUCAUUAGAUAGUAGUCUUAUAGUUUGAUAAUUAAA